AUGUAACUUCGUUAUCUCUUUCUAUAUUUCCUGCUUUCCAUCUCUUGAUCUAUCCCUUGUGCCAUUAUUUGUUAAUAUAUGCAAUUUUUGGCCCUCAGUUUUAGGAAUUUUUUUUUGUUUCAGUUCAAUGUUGAAAUGGGUUUGUUAAGUUGUGGUCUUUAGCUUUGAUUCUUGAUUAUGCUUUUUAAGUUUUAUGCGUUAAUUUUUACUCUUUAAAUUUGAAAAUUUGAAUUGCUUGUUGUUGGUAUGGUUUGUGGUUGUAGCUUAUGUUGUUUAUGUGCAAUGAAUAUUGGCUUUUGGUUUCAUUGUUGUAUACCUCAAUUUAGUUGUUUUUGUUUAUUUAUUUAGUUUUUUUUUGGCAUAAUACAGAUUGGUGGUGCUUACAUUUGUCUGCAUUCGGAAAUUGUGAUAUUGGGCUUGAUCAUAAAGGGUUGAGGUUGGGGCAGAAUUCAUGUCUGAAUUUUGUACAUAAAAAGAAAAGAUUGGGGCUGAGGGUUGGUCUGGUCUGGUCUGGUGAAGAGAAGAGGAAAAGUUGUUGAGUGAUAAAUUGUACAUGAGUACAAUGGUGACAAAUUCAUGGAGAAAGUAUGUCGCCCCUUGUUGGCGGCCCUCGGUGGAGAGUCGAGGGGAGAAUUGCAGCAAUAGAGGGGGCGACCCCAGUGGUCGUGUGGACGGGUUGUGGUGGUACAAAGAUAUAGGACAACAUAUACAUGGGGAAUUUUCAAUGGCGGUCAUCCAAGCAAAUAAUGUAUUAGAAGAUCAAUGCCAAGUAGAGUCGGGGCCGAUGAGCUGUAUGGAGUCUGGCCCUCGAGGGACAUUUGUUGGAAUCUACGACGGGCAUGCUGGCCCUGAAGCUUCCCGGUUUAUAAACAAUCAUCUAUUCGAUAAUAUUAAACGAUAUACAUUAGAUAGUCAAGAAAUGUCGGCGGAUGUUAUAAAAAAUGCAUAUUUAGAAACGGAAGAACAGUUUCUUUCUAUGGUAAAAAAGCAAUGGGAAAUCAAACCACAAAUCGCGUCUGUGGGUUCGUGUUGUUUAGUAGGCGUAGUAUGCAACGGGAUGAUAUACACUGCAAAUGCUGGAGAUUCCAGGGUGGUGUUAGCAAGACUAGAGAAGUCUGGUAAACAGGUGAAAGCCGUUCAAUUAUCAGAUGAACACAACGCAAGUAUUGAAUCUGUUCGGGAGGAGUUGCGCUCGCUGCACCCGGAAGAUCCCAAGAUCGUCGUUCUCAAGCACAAGGUUUGGCGAGUCAAGGGUCUUAUUCAGGUUUCCAGAUCAAUAGGCGACGCCUACUUAAAGAAAGCAGAGUUCAAUAAACCACCUUUGUUAGCAAAAUUCAGAAUUCCAGACCCUUUCGAGAAGCCAAUCCUGUUGGCCGAGCCAUCAAUACACGUUCAGAAACUUCAACACGAAGAUCAGUUUCUUAUAUUUGCUUCGGAUGGUCUAUGGGAACACCUUAGCAAUCAAGAGGCAGUCGACAUUGUUCACCACUCUGCACGCAAUGGUGUUGCCAAGAAGCUUGUAAAAGCUGCGCUCCAGGAGGCCGCAAAGAAGAGAGAGAUGAGAUAUUCGGACCUGAAAAAGAUCGUCAGGGGAGUGAGAAGACAUUUCCAUGACGACAUCACUGUAAUAGUCCUCUUCCUCGACUCCCAUUUGAUCAGUCGGAGCUCGUUUCAGGGGCCGAUUCUUUCAAUAAAAGGAGGCGGGGUAGCACCCGGAGACGCCAACACGUAGACUAGAAUGGUAUAAACAUGUUUUGUUAUUGAUAAGUUUCAUCAAAAGUGAAGAAAAAGGAAAGUUACCAAAUCAGAUGUAUAGAGCUGCCUUUUGGUAUCUCACAAUACUUGAUAUAUGUUAAUGAUUAUGCCAGGAAGAUGCAGAGGGACUGAUGUUCUUGAAAUUUUUCUUGCUCACUGGCAUAUGAAACACACCAAUUUACAGGAAAAACAGAUGAAUUACUGAUAAUGAAAUAAGAAAAAAAUUGAGUCUUUUAUCUGCA